GCUCCUGAACUAGUUGAAGCUCAGUCACGGUGAUGAGUGUCUGCGCUCUGGAUGAAUCAAACAUGUCGAGUAAUUACAAACUGCUGGUGAAGAACGCCAAGCAGGUGGUUCUGAUCUGCAACAACGGAGAGAAAUACCUGACCAAACAUGGGAUGCAAAACCUGUGUGUGAUUGAAAAUGGGAGUGUGGUGAUAGGAAGCGAUGGUCUGAUUAAAGCUGUGGGUCCUGCUGAAACCAUCAGAUCUCAGUUUGCUGAGUCAUCCUUUGAGAAAGUGAUUGAUGCUGCAGGAAUGUGUGUCUUACCUGGGCUCGUUGAUGCUCACACACAUCCAGUCUGGGCUGGAGACAGAGUGCAUGAAUUUUCAAUGAAGCUGGCCGGGGCCUCCUACAUGGACGUGCACCGGGCGGGCGGAGGGAUCCACUUCACAGUGGAGCACACUCGAGCGGCGGGGUCCCUGGAGCUGCUGGCGUCUCUCAGCAGCAGGCUGGUCAGGAUGCAGCGAGCGGGCACCACCCUGGUGGAGUGCAAGAGCGGCUACGGCCUGGAGCUGCAGACCGAACUCAAGAUGCUGGAGGUGAUCGAGGAGGCCCGGCGCUCCCUGCCCAUCAACAUCUCCUCCACCUACUGCGGAGCCCACGCAGUGCCCAAAGGGAAGACGGUCGCAGAGGCCACGGACGACAUCCUGCAGGUUCAGCUGCCUCGGCUGAAGGAGAAGAUUUCCGCAGGGAGCCUCAGAGUCGACAACAUCGACGUGUUCUGUGAGCGCGGCGUGUUUGACCUCGGCUCCACUCGCUCCAUCCUGCAGGCGGGCAAAGACAUGGGCCUCAACAUCAACUUCCACGGAGACGAGCUGCAUCCCAUGAACUCUGCUCAGCUGGGUGCAGAGCUCGGAGCGUUGGCCAUCAGUCACCUGGAGGAGGUCACUGAUGAGGGUAUCGCUGCCAUGGCAACGUCAAAAACUGCUGCUGUACUUCUGCCUACUACGGCUUACAUCCUCAGGCUGCCUCAGCCUCGGGCCAGAGACAUGCUGGAUGCCGGCGUGGUCGUUGCUCUCGGCAGCGACUUCAACCCUAACGCCUACUGCUGCUCCGUGCCAAUCGUCAUGCACCUCGCCUGCGUCAACAUGAAAAUGUCCAUGCCUGAAGCUUUGGCUGCUGCCACCAUCAACGCGGCGUACGCCCUCGGGUGCUCCCACACGCACGGCUCCCUGGAGGUCAACAAGCACGGAGACCUGCUCAUCCUCAACGCCACGCGGUGGGAGCAUCUGAUCUACCAGCUGGGAGGACAUCACGAGCUGAUCCGCUACGUCAUCAUUAAAGGCAGCGUGGUGGUUGAUAAUGAAAAAACUCUGGGUUUAUAACCACAAAUGUGUCCUCUGAUGACUGAAGGUAAUAAACUAAGUUCUAACAGUCAGCUACAGAAUGUAUUCAGAUUUGAUUCAAGGGGAAACAUCGACUUUAUUUGACACCAGAUUUUUAAAAAUCGAACAACAUCGAUACCGGCUUCUAUAACACAACCACAAAAAUACAAAUCCAAGGGACAAGAUAUUUGGUCUUUUCUCCAAUUUCACUUCCUCAUAAGAAAGAAAACUAUUCUGAGCAAGAGUGUCACACCUUGGUGAUACUGAAACCUUAAGAGAGUACCUUCAUCUCUCUGUUCAACUUAUUGCUGCUAUAUCAAAAAGUAAUUUCUCACUUGUUUUCUGUAUUUGUGCUAAGCUAACACACAGCUGGUUAUUUCUUAAAGCCUUCGUAAGCCGUACUGUCCAGAUAAAUCAAAGCUCCUCUUUCUCUGGAAGAAGGAAUUCUCUUUCACUCAGAUAAACUCCCUCAGUUACUUUGUGAUAAACGCAGACAAGAAACACAUCUUCCACACGUCAAGUGACUGAACAGUCUACUUAUUCUGAUGAACUGAAGCUUCUAUCUUGAGAAACCAAAGAGCGCAUGUUUGACUGUCAGGGGUGAAAGCAGAUAACUAAUCUACGGAGUCAAGAAACCAACAGUUAGGAGGUCAAUCAGUGGGUACAGAUCAGCCUGAAACAGAACGAUCACAUGUGUGAAGAGUGCUUUUAUUGAACAUGUUAGUAUACAGAGCUUUUUUGUAUCUAAUCGUUUAUAUAUUUCCCCCACAGGCUUCACAUCAAAUCCUACAACUCACAAAUAUGUAACAUAAAAACAUGCAGUACAGUGUGAUUUUAUACGCUAAACAUAAAGUAGUACAAAUGCUUAUUCACAUCAAUAACUGGGUGGUUAAGUGAAGAUAAAAAGUUGCAGCGGCAAACAGAAAUCAGUAUCGUAUUGUUCCUAUAAACAAAAGGUGAGAGAGUAA